AUGUCUCUGAGUGCUUUGGAUUUGUUCAAUGUUAAGGGCCGGGUUGGGAUGGUUACGGGUGGAAGUAGUGGCAUUGGGCUUAUGAUUUCCAGGGGGCUAGUAUCAAAUGGAGCCAAGGUCUAUCUCGUCGCACUCCCGAGAGAUCCCAUAACCGAGGUUGUCAAUGAGUUGAAUGAGUUGGGCCGGGAAUCCGGUGGAAGCGCAGAAGGUUAUGCGUGUGAUGUAUCAUCAAAAGAUGCGAUAUCACAGCUUGCUGAAAAGAUAUCUGAAAAGGAAACGGCCUUGGACAUGCUCAUCUCGAAUGCCGAACUUCAACACUCAAUGUGGUCAGUUCAAAGCAAGGACUGGGAAGAUACAUUCCGAGUAAAUACUGCAGCCCAUUAUUUUCUCAGUGUAGCCUUUCUUCCUCUCCUCGCGGCUGCGGCGAACCAAUUGACCAGCACUGGAACAACGGGGCGAGAUGAGGGGCGAGGAGUCAUUGUGGUGACCAGCUCAUGUGCAAGCAUGCACAAUUCCACUAAUGUGGAUCUUACAAGCUAUGCAACAAGCAAGGCUGCUACUGAUCAUCUUGUCAAGUUGCUGGCGGCAAAAUACAAUCGAUUCUAUGUGCGCGUGGUUGGAAUUAAUCCCGGUUUCGUCCCCAGCAAUAUGAAUCCCGUCGGCGCCGAAGGAAAUAUUUUCAGCUCCUUGUUUGAGAAGGUCCCGGCAAAACGGGCGGGAAAUUCCGAUGAUAUAGCUGGCACCGUUCUGUAUUUGGUUAGCAAAUCAGGGGCAUACGUUGAUGGAACCUCUCUUUGUGUUGAUGGCGGCCGCAUCCUGCUGGCGAAUGGACAGGAAUGA